AUGUCGAUCGCGGGAUCCUCGCGGGAGCUCGCUGCACCACCACCACCACCACCACCACCAUCAUCAUCAUCACCAGGAGGCUGUUCGAUUCUCGCCUUCGAUCGGAGGAGCAGCAGCAGCAGCAGUAGUAGCAGCAGCAAUAGCAGCAGCAGCAACAGCAGAAGCAGUAGAAGUAGCAGCAGCAGCAGUAGCAGCAGCAGCAGCAGCGACAGCAGCUGGUCCAAGCUAAUACGCGCUUCCGGCGCGCGCGGAUCUGAUACGGGGUGGAUGCGGAACGACAACGACGGGACGACGAUGGCCGGUGGUGCGUGCACGGAAACGGCACACGAAACGUUAGUCGAAGCCGUGAUCAAUAAUAAGACGCCCCGGCUCGCCGAGGGAUUGUGA